GUUUGAUCAGUGCAGGGCGCGCCCGGCUGCCGACCGAGGGAGAGGGAGAGGCGGCGAACCAGCGCCGGGCCGGCCGAGGAUCACCUGCGCAGGGGGAGGAAGACUGGAGGUGGGGAAGUGCGGUCUGGUUACAUGUGGGCAAGGUGCUCGAGUCAAUCAGCAAAUACAUAACCAAUGAGGGAAGCUGGAGAUGAUCAAACCUGGUCAACAUGUUGCUAUGUAAGGUCAGGGCCUGGCCGGCGGGACGUGGCGAUGAACGAGCUGUGCCGGGUGUGCGGCGCGGAGCUGAAGGGGAACCAGAGGCGAUGGAUCUUCAGCGGCCGGUCUGCGGUCGAUCUGCGGGUGGUGCUGUCACACGUGCUGGGCCGGCGGGUGUCCCGGGGCGAGGGCGGCGAGUUCCUCUGCGGCAAGUGCGCCUCGACGCUGGAGCGGGUGCAGCGCUUCGACGGCGUGAUCGCCCGCGUCCAGGCCUUGUCCAUCGAGAGGGUGCGCCGGCUGCUGACCGAGAAGGGCCGGCUGGCCAGCCUCCUCCGCCGCCUGCACGGCCGAGCCCCGGCGGCCGGUCCGGGCGGCCGCGAGCAGGCGGAGCGCGAUUACGCGGCGCUGCUGCGGGACGACAUGCGCCUGGCUGGCUACGAGAGCUGGUCUGAGGGCAGCGAGGCUGCCCCCUGCCCCGGCCCCUGCCCCGGCCCCGGCCCCUGCCCGAACCGCCGCUGCCUCGGUUGCAGCGCCCUGCGGGUCUCCGACGACCGGUACGACGCGGUGUGCAGGGUCCCGCGGCGCUUGGCCCGCGCCCUGGCGUCCGGUCGGCUGUCCCGCAGCAGGUCCAGCAGCGAGCUGCCGGGCGGGAGCCGCUCGCCGGAGUGGCCGGGCUCCCCCGUUAGCCCCGGCGCCUCCCCGUGGCUCGCCAGCCCGCCGCCCGUGUCCCGCUCGCUCUCCGCCUCCUCGCUGGGCGCAGCGACCGGCUCGGACGUGGGGAGCGAGGGGCUGGCCUCUGACGACCUGGCCUGGUCCAGCGCCAGCCCGGACCAGACCCUGGCUGCCCUGGCCCAGCAGCUCGAGGGCGUCGCCUACCGGCCCGUCCGCGCCCUGCCGCACAGCAGGAUCCCAGUACUGGUCAGGGGCGGCGCAGCACGGACGGCGAGCGGUUCGGACACCCCCAGGCAAAGGCUCAGCUACAGUGGCGACGAGGAGAGCGUUCCGGGCAUCUCGGACGAGUACCGCCCCUUAAACUUGCAGAAGUUACUUGAUCUCCAGCAGAAGCCAGGAGUCCUGCACCAGGCGGCCGGGCAGCUGAGUGAGGAGGGGAGGAUGGAGGAGACCCCUGCCCUGGAGAAGAAGCCCGGGUCGUGGCCCAAGACAAACCAGGGGCUCAGUGAGUACACGGGGCAUCGUCUGGUGCGUGGCCUGGCUCGGGACCUGCGCAGCAAGGAGCAGCUGUUACAGGAGUGCGUGAGGCUGAUCAAAGAUCUGACGACUGGCGACAGGUCCACCACUGGCCCGGAGGCCGAUGGGAUCAGGACCCUCUGCCUCUGGCUGGACAAGCGAGAGGAAGGACUGGAGCAGGCCAGCGAUGAGAUGCUCGGGGUCCUGGAAGAGAUGGAAGGUGAGGUUCAGCGCCUGCGGCAGGCUCUACACGAGAAGGACGGUGGCAUCCGGCGCCUGGGCCAGGUCCUGGCUUGCAACGAGGAAAUGAUCAAUAUGUUGAACCUGUGUCUGGGGCAGAAGGAGGAACAGCUGCAACAGCUGUGCCAGAGCGCGGAGCGGGCACGGCAGCUGUGGCAGGAGGAGCGAGAUUCGGCCGUACGGGGGCAGGAGGGGCUCCUCCAGCAGCAGGCGGCCGCUCUGCAGAGCCUGGCCGGCGACGUGGAGGCUCUCUCGGACUCGCUGUUGGCCCGGGGUCUGGACGGGGGUCCUGACUCCUCGGCUGGCCUCUGCCUCCGCCUGAGGGACAAGGAGCGCCUUCUGUCUGAGGCCCGUGCGGAGCUGAGCCGGCAGCACGCUGACCAGCAGAGGGUCAUCCAGGAACUCUCCCAAUCCCUGGCCGAGAGAGAGCAGCUGAUCCAGGAGUUGAUGGUCCAGAAGGGGCAGACUCGGGCUUCCCACGCCCAGGAGCUGCGCUGCGCCUCCCAGCAGCUCUCCGCCAGGGACGGAGAGGUCCGCCGACUCUCCGAGCUCCAGUCCUCCACCGUCCGCGACCACCACGCCGAGCUCGUCCACCUGCAGGUGCUGCUGUAUAGCAAGGAUCAGCUCAUUCUGGGGCUGUUGGAGGAUGGACGAAGCCGGGACAGGAUUCUCUCUGAGCUGCAGGAGCAGCUGCACGCUGGCACGGCGCCAAAGGUCAACGUCAAGCAAACCCUCUGAGGUGACAGGUGGUGCGGAGGUUGGAGCUACCGAGUGACCGAUGGAGAUGGAGCCUGGGCUGUGUGUGGUGUGGAGGGAUGGACAGUGGGGUUCAUCUACAGGAGAGGCAUCGCAGUGACUGAGCAGCAGAGUGCGGGGCCAUGCUACUCUCCCUCCCCUCCCACACCUCUCUCCAUCCUCCUCCACCCUCCCCUCCCACACCUCUCCCUCCCCACGCCUCUCCCCUCCCCCACACCUCUCUCCCUCCCCACCCCCUGACACCUCUCCCUCCCCCUCCCUCCUCCCCCUCCCCAUGCCUCUCCCCUCCCCCAUCAGCAGUUGGAUAGCCCUGCCUGUCACACCAGCGAGAGGUUAAUGACUUGCUGCUAAUCUGUGCUCCCUGACCUCCUGCCGAGAUAGCUUUCAUUGACUAACUAUUUGACUGGGUGGGGCAGCACAAGGGGAGUCACCACUGUCCUUGUGGAUGUCUGACCUUCAUGGAUCUGACACUGAAAAGUAACCAGACUGCCUUUAAAUCACUGCCCCAAUGUGUUACUAAUAGCCUGUCGCUGUAAGGGUCUGUGUGCCUGCCCCAAGUCACCGUGGGACCUGUGCAAUAAGAAACUGUGCACUGACUGGGGUGGGGGUGGAAAUCACAGACCCUGAGACCACAGGGAGAGGGAUCUCGGGGUUCCGGCCCUUGUGGUGAUUACUGCCACCUCUCUGUUGGUCUCCCUUGUUCAGGGCACCGACGGGUUAAUCAAACCUCAGGGAGCGAUUCCAGGAAUCCAGAUUAUCAGAAACCCCUUCCCGAUGCCCUCAGGGAGCCAGCGGCUGCCCGCUGAGGUUUUAGAUGGGUAUCUCUGCGCGCGUUCUGUUGAUGUUUUAUUCCACGUGGAACAUGAAAUAAAGGUGAAGUGACAAUGAAUCUUUCUCGGGUCUGGUUUCUGCACGUUUCAGGUGGGGAACAGACCCUUUCCUCGUGGGCAAGUCAGCGGCAGCUGGUGUUUAAUAUGGAGAAGUCAUAGAGUUGUACAGCACAGUACAGGCCCUUCGGCCCACAAUGUUGUGCCAACAUUCCAUCCCGCUCUAAGAUCUAUCUAACCCUUCG